AUGAGUUUGACCGGCAGCAGCAGCAGCAGUGGGAGCUUCAGCGAUGGGCCCUCUACUCCCACAAGGGUAGUCGGGGGGCCAACCACCCCGAGACGAGGUCCCCCUAAAUUCAAGCAGAGGAUGACGAGGCAGUUCAAGAGCAAACCGCCCAAGAAGGGUGUGAAGGGAUUUGGGGAUGAAAUUCCUGGAAUGGAAGGUUUGGGCACAGACAUCACUGUGGUUUGUCCUUGGGAAGCAUUCAGUCACCUGGAGCUGCACGAGCUGGCUCAGUUUGGCAUCAUCUGA